AUGUCGUUGAUGAACGACGCGAUCAGCGAUAUUACUCCUAUCAAAAUAGAGGAAGCCGCCGAUCGUGCAUACAUCUUCGAGCUCGCUAUGCAACCGAAGACACCUCAUUCGCUCUCAUGUAUUCAUUUUGCGUUUCUUUCACUUCGACCGUGA